AUGGCAGCGAACCUGGACAGUCUGGAUCUGGCCAUUGAUGAGCCUGGUUCAACACAGAGCCGAUCGUUUGGAGGUUGUGAGACGUGUCGCAGUCGACGAGUCAAAUGCGACGAGUCUCGGCCUACAUGCGGGCAAUGCAGAAAGUCUGCGAUCUACUGCGGAGGGUACAGCAAGGCUAUUUUCUUUGAUUUUGAAGCCAACUCCCAUCAUGAAGAGAGGACUCGUUUCCGGCGGCCGCUGUUUAGUGAGAAGGCUCGGAGGGAGAUGAGCGAGCAGCUCACCUCGAGCAUUCCGUCUGCGCUACUUCUUUGGCAUAUUUCCCAGCUGGAUGAGGAAUGUCAAAGAUUACCCCCUGAAAACGAAAUUGAGGUGUGCCGUGGGCCUUUUGGCGCCUUUAACCUGUUACGAAGAGCAUCUGAUCCACCCCUUAACCCAGGCCCAUCUGCAAGACACGAUGAAGAGGGCCUUGCCGGCAUCUUGGCUGAAGAUUCGGAUCAGGCUAGGGACACUCGCCAUGUUCCCCAAGCAGAAGCAUUCCCUUGCUCCUCUCUGGAACCCUUCGUUACGUGCAUGUUCGAUAUGCCUGAACCAAACCUGCUUCCAAAUUAUAUCAACAUUAUAGACUCGUCAGCACUGGGUUUCGACGCAGCUGAACAAGAGAACCCUGACUCUGUUAUAUCUAUUUCUGUCGGCCCAAAGGAGGCAAAUACCAUUGACGACGACCAGAUCCCCCAACAUGAAUUGUUCUCGGAUCUCUCCUUCUCGCCGCCAACCAUCCACGCGAUCUCAGCUACGUACAUUUCCUCUAGCAUAUCGACAGCCGUCCCUGGCACACCUAAAAACGCCAUCUUUCUCCUCCAGCAUUUUUCGACUACGAUUCUCAGCUUCUUAACUCCCGUACGACAUGAAAAGACCCCGUGGCAUGUGCUAUUUUUGCCCAACGUCCGAAACUGCAUGGCUCUGCUAGCACUCGGCCAGCCGGUGGACCACGCCGGCAUGUGCGCAUUCCACGGCAUGCUGGCCAUCAGUGCUCGAAGCUUGGGUAGCAUACAUCAGUCUCAGGUGUGGCUGGACGAAGGAGAGUCCCACAAGAAGAAAGCCGCCGAGCAUUGCGAGAUAAUGCUGCAGGCAGCGUACGAUCUCCCGAAGAGGUACAAAUACAAGUCCGUUUUGAUGGCACUACAGACCAUGAUUCUCAUUUCAACACUGGGAGGAGAUCCUGUCACUGAAGAAUAUUAUUUUCUCGAGGCAGAGAAGUUUAUCAAGUUGAAUGGUCUAGGGCGCAAACACUCUCGGAAAGUUCGAUUGCUUCAUCAAUAUUACGCAUAUGAACGAUUGAUGUACGAGAGCACAUGCAUGCGAGGGAUUGAUUUCACGCACCGGCAUCGGGUGUGCAACGAUAUUGCCUCCAUCAGUGUAGUUCCAUAUCCAGAGGAUAGCAUGGCCUAUCGCCCCCCGAACUGGCAAAAUCUCGACGAAGAAAUGUCGAAACCACGGAGUCCCGACUCAGAGACAGAGCACGAGGAUGAAGUCCUGGGAAUUUGGCCGGACGCAUUGUACUCCAAAGCGUCUGGGCUACCUGAACAGUGGAUCCAACUUGUCCUCCAUGUUGUUCUGCUCGGGAAAGAAAAGGACGCUGCAGAGCAAAGUUCUUCUUCCUCCGGAGCCAUUAGCGACUUACAACAGUUUCUCGGAAGGGCAAAGACACUCGAUCGAUGCAUCAACCAACAUAUCGCACAGGCAGCUCAAGCUUCUUCUCACCGGACUACCGGAAAUUUCACCCCCGAACAGCAAGCUUUGGACAAUGUGCUCGAUGCCAUUCGGCAUUCGCUCCAGAUUUAUUUCUACCGGCGCAUUUAUGAUGUCCAUUCCUCAUGGCUCCAAGAUAAGGUCGUGAAAGUACGCGACUGCCUACUACGAUGUGAGACAGUCGACCCGAGCUCUGAACUAUCAGGUUGUGUUGGUCUGCUAUGGGCGUCAUUCGUCGCUUCUUGUGAGGCUGAAGACGUUCACGUUCAGAAUUCAUUCGCUGGCUGGUAUAGUAGAGCCGCCAGGCGAACCGGAAUGACUUGCUGGAUGAAUUCUCUAUAUCUAUCCGAGCAGCUCUGGGAUGAGAGGCGCAAGUCAAAAGGAUCGAAGUUGACUUGGAUAGACAUUUUGAAACAGCAACAUAGCCAAAGACAGCAACAUCGAGCAUUCGCUGCUGCAGCGUGA